AUGGCCAGCUCACCCAUUCCAACCCACACAUCUUCUCCCAACUUCUCCUCCAACAAGGCGGGGCCCAGCAAGGGCAAGCAGCGUGCCUACCCUUUGAUCCCACUUCAUGGGAGGACCCGAGUAACACGGGCUAUGUCUAGGUCCAAUGCUCCGCAUUAUACGCUUGACCCCGCAGCUCUUAACAACAUACCAGAGGAGGAUGAACAGCGGGACCGGUUUGCUUCCUCCCCAGCCCUCCCACGCUCCCAGGUCACAGGUGCCUUGGAGGCCGAUUCAUUGGGCGAGGUCGACCCCAUUCACUCCCUCGGGCACACGGAUUCUCUGUUCGGGUGCCGGACAGAGCGACUGGACCUUCCUCGUCUAACCAUCCGGUUGCCAGGUGCCUCGUCGACUUUGCGCACAGCCUCUCGCCGCCGACUGCCCUCCCAGACCUCGCCUGGUCCUGAUGGAGAUGUCAACCCUCUCUGUUGCUUGCUCUCCCCAGCAGUAACUAGCACUCCGAGAACUUCCCAUGCGGGCAAUGUCUCCAUGCGCAUACAAGACCUCCUGAAUUCUGUACCCAGGUACCCUGCUGCAGCUGCGUCGUCUCGCUCUGGGAAUUCUGAGGACCGACAGGCCAGUGCUGUCUCCGGCCAUGGUCCGGUGGCAUUUCAUCGGGGCCGAUCGCUUGCAGACAUGUCCGUCUCCCGGUUGCUAUCUGACACCAUCGCCCGCCCACGGAGAGCGAGCCGUUCCCCAGAUGGUGCACCCCCGCACAACCGUCGGCGAAUAUCCACCUCAUUCCAUUCACCGCCGGCAUUUGCUUCACUCCUCCCUGCCUUCCAGUCUCCGGAAAAUGCCUCCUUCAUUCACGACUUUGUGCCACCUGUCCAGUCACAGCAACUUAGGUCCUCUCGUCAUACAUCGCACCGUCAAGGUCCCAACCUUGCCCCUGUCUCCCACUCUCACCUUGGCACUCAGGACCCUCACCGUCGGGCACGCUCACGCUCCCCACCUCCACGCCACCCUCAGAGGCACGACCGCUCCCAGUCACCAUCACCAAGAUGGUACCACUCUCGUUCUCGAUCGCCUAUGGAACGUCGAUCAGGUAGCUCAGCUGUGGCAUUGCCAGACCCAAGCGAACAGGACCACACUAUGGCUGUCUCCCAGAUGGUACGGAUUCUCCCCGAGGUCAUUACAGCCUUGCGAAAGGGUUGGCCAGAACACAUUUCUCUAGCCUACUUCAACCCGAAAAUGGUCUGCAGCAAUCCUGCCAAUCGCCGCCGCUCUGACAACACAGUCUCCCUCUCGGGCACCGACUUGCGGAUCAAAUCCAAGGAUCUCUCCCAUUUUGACCUCGCUUGA